AUGACGAAGCCCGUCUUGAUAAGCAUCGUCCCUGGAGCCGGGCCCCUCCACUCGUCUGCCUACUUUGUCGGGCUCUAUCUGCCAGUCAAGUUCCAGGCGGGCCCACCUGUCCCGCUUCCCGAACUGAACCUCAAGCCCGAUCGGUGGGAAAGCCACUGCAUUGCCGUUCGGAAGUUUUCAGGAUUUGCAGGGGAUAACAAUAUCGUGAAGGAGGCUGAGAAGUUGGCCGUGAGCUUGAGCAGGUCUGAGUGGAGAAACUCGACUUCUACCCAAAGUGGGUACGCGUACUCUAUUGCGCAGUAUUAUUCCCCUUUCAAGUUUAUCGGGCGUGUUAAUGAGGUAUGGGUAGAUGUUAAUGGGUCACAGAAAGAUGGUUGUAAAUCGAAUCUCUGGGCUGCCUAUUGA